AUGCCCUCCUUGACAAUGACUCAAGAUAACAAUACCUCUCAACAAGUCUCUGCAAGUCCAGUCACUGGUACAUCCGCCAGUCCAUCCUCUGGCCCUCAGAUACCUGUACCAUCAGUCAAGAAUGGUCGCAUUGAAACAGGAAAAGUGCUCCAAUGGAAUACGUCCAACCUUGGCCUCAGGUUCGCUGCCGAUCUCACUUCUGCCGCGACUGCUUCAGCCUUGAUAGCCCCUAUCAUCUCAGUAAUCGAUCGAUCUAUCGUUGAGAAGGCCGCAACCGGCUCCCCCUUUUCAUCAUGCCUACGUCGAGCAUUAUACCCUGCUCUCACGCGACCACAUGCAUACCUCGUUUCCAAGCCAUUCCUCCUUAUAUUUGCCCUCUAUUUCUCCACAUAUGCCACUGCAAAUACCGUCGACACGAUAUCGUCCACAGUCUCGUCUAAGAAUGCAUCGGCUGUCACUUCUGGAAGCACAAAAUUCAUCGCAACAUCUUCGGUCAACAUGAGUAUCUGCGUGUACAAGGACUCACAAUUUGCAAAGAUGUUCGGUGCUCCUUCUUCAUCUCCAGCCGCCACAAUUCCGAGGCUGUCGUACGCUUUGUUCGCCAUUCGAGAUUCUUUGACCAUCUUUGCAUCUUUCAAUCUACCACCCUUGAUUGCGCCACAACUUGUUAAUCUUCCGCCGAGUGUCAAGUCAAAGUUUUCCAAAAUUCUAAGUACCGAGUCAGGCCGGGCAAACACUGCUCAAUUUCUCGCUCCAGCGGCCAUUCAAUUAAUUUCCACACCAAUUCACCUUCACGGUUUAGAUCUGUACAAUAGACAGGGGCGUUUGGGCUUCAAUGAGCGAUUUUCGAGAAUUCUGAGAGAUUGGGGCGUUAGUGCUUUUGCUAGAAUGGGAAGAAUAAUACCUGCUUUCGGAGUUGGCGGCGUGGUGAAUGCUAACAUGAGGAAGAAUUUCAUGAAUAAAAUAGAGGCUCAAUGA